CAGCGUUCGAAUUCAUCUCAGUAUUUGAGCGGACGACGAGCAUGCCCCACCCGCGCUUCCCGAAGAUCGACAUCCAGGAGCUCCGCGACGACUUCAUCAAGUUCGAGCUCAGCGAGACGGACACGAGCGUCGCCAACUCGAUCCGGCGCGUCAUGAUCGCCGAGGUCCCGACGCUCGCCAUCGACCUUGUGAGCAUUGAGAUCAACACGAGCGUCAUCACGGACGAGUUCCUCGCGCACCGCCUGGGCAUGAUCCCGCUGGCCUUUGAUGGCGGCCUUGAGGGCUUCAAGAAGCGCUUCGUCUACUCGGCCGACUGCGACUGCGACGAGCACUGCCCGCACUGCAGCGUCGAGUUCGAGCUGGACGUGCGCGCCGAGUCGGGCAUGCAGACCGUGACGUCGCAGUCGCUGCGGUCGCUCGACCCGUAUGUGCAUCCGGUGCACUUUAGCUCGGAAGAGGAGCUCAACAACACACAAGACUCGGGCGUCAUCAUCGCCAAGCUGGGCCCGGGCCAGCGCUUGAAAUUGAACGCACUCGCCAAGCUCGGUAUCGGCAAGGAGCAUGCCAAGUGGUCGCCCGUCGCUGUCGCCACGUACAUGUUUGAGCCCAUCAUUACGCUCAACCAGAAGGUCCUCAGCACGUACACGAACGAGCAACGCGUCGAGCUCUACAAGUCGUGCCCGACGCGUGUCUUUGAGAUUGAUGAUACGUACGACCAGAUCCAAGUCGAAGAUCACAUGCGUUGCAUGUACUGCGACGAGUGCGUCAAGCUUGCGGAGAGCUACUUGGAGAACCCGGAAGACGACGCGGCCGUGACCGUGACCAUGACGCCCGACAAGUUUAUCUUCUCCGUCGAGACCACGGGCCAGCUCAAGCCCGAAGAAGUGGUCAUCUGCGCGCUCGAUAUCAUCAAGGACAAGCUCUCGUCACUGAAGCACCAGUGCCUCGAGCUCUCGCAGGACGAGGGCAUGACCAGUCACCAGGCGCCCAUGACGCCGUUCGGCUAGACGCCACAUUUCGCACCCCAUUCCAUAUAUUCUUGAUCCUUUUGGCUACA